AUGUUAAAUUUGUUUGUUUGGUUAUCUUUCAUAUCAGUGUUGAGAACUUCAAUAAGUUGUAAAGUAAGUGACCUUGUGAUUUAUCAUGGAGAUGGUCCUCAAUCAAAUAGCAUAUAUUAUGACGAGUGUGCGCCCACGGUGACUUGCAAUCGAAAUUCUAUUUAUAGGACAGCAAAUGGCUCAUGUAAUAACCUAGAGAACCCGUUGUGGGGGUCGUCUGAAACUCCAUACAUCAGACUUUCUGAAGCUGCUUAUAAGGAUGGUGAUCAUGAAGUUCGGAAACAGCUUGAUGGAUCGCCGUUGCCCAGACCUCGAAAAGUGCAGUUGUUAUUAUUUUUGGAAAAAUCCCAGGAUUUCCCAGACCUAAACAACUAUCAUCUAAGUCAAUUCGGUCAAUGGGCCACUCAUGACAUCACUCUCCUACCACCAGAUUCUUCAGGGCCAAAGAGAUGUUGUUUCACCCCGAUUAAUGAGAUCAACAGUAAUACCCCAUACCCAUGUCAAUUAGUUAUUGAGUUACCAAUGAAUGACCCAGUUCAUGGUCAUCAUGGACAAAGGUGUAUGGAAUUUAGACGUGCAAUGACUGCUGCUCAUAAUUUCAACUGUUCAAUAACUCCUCAAAUUCCAAUGAAUCAGGCGACAUCAUUCUUUGACUCAUCACAGUUGUAUGGACACAAAUUAGUCAAGGCAAAUUCAAUUAGAACUUUUAAUGGCGGGAGAUUGAUAACAGACGUCAUAAAUGAAAACGAGUAUUGUCCUCUAAGGAAAAGAAACGGUUCAUUAUUAUGCGACGGAAGGGAAAACGUGGGCGUAUGUUUUGAAGCUGGAGACCCAAGAAUAAACCAACACUUUGGGAUCACAUCGUAUAGUAUUUUGUUUACCCGGUUUCAUAAUGUUGUGGCUGAUAUGUUACAUCAAUUAAAUCCUCAAUGGUCUGAUGAAGUGUUAUAUCAAGAAACUCGAAAGUUCGUCGGUGCACUAAAUCAGAUAAUUGUUUAUCGGGAUUACUUGCCUAUUUUACUUGGUGAAUCAUUUACAUAUCGCGUCGGUUUGGAUCUCCGCAAUAAUAUAAGGACAAAAUACAAUCCGUUACUCAUGCCACAAUUGUCUAUAGAAUUUGCAGGCGGUGCUUUCCGAGUGCCACAUAACACAGUGGCGUCGUUUUACAAUUACGUAAACAAAGAUUAUGAGACAGUCGACUCAGUCAAACUUAACGAAUGGAUGUCAAUAUCUGACCCCUUAGUAGAGGGUUCAAAUCUUGACGAAAUAGUCAGAGGCAUGACUGCAUCAGCAGGCCGUUUUUAUACCCCAUCUUAUAACUAUCUAUUAUCAAAUUUCAUGUUCCAUAAUCAUAUAACUGGUGAUCAAGAUUUGCUUGCAGUGGACAUUCAGAGAGGGCGCGAUGUCGGCAUACCGCCAUAUAUUAAGAUGAGAGAAUGGUGUGGCUUACCAGAAAUCUGUUCAUUCGAAGAUUUAUUAAAAUUUUUAUCACCUGACGACGUCGAAACACUGAAAGAACUGUACUCAACUGUUUAUGACAUUGAUCUACUCGUGGGAGCUUUACUCGAACCACCUGUCGAUGGUGGAACGGUUGGUCCAACUGCACAGUGCAUCUUAGCUGAUGUAUUUUACCGUGUUCGAUUCGGUGAUCGUUUCUUUUUUGAUGUCAAAGGUCAACCGGGAAGCUAUUCUCCAGCUCAAUUGAGAACUUUGAGAAACCUCGAUCUUGGUCACGUAAUAUGUGCCACAACUGAAUUGGAUGAAGUACCGUUUAAUAUUUUUCAGCCAUCAAGAUAUUCACAAAUGGUGAAAUGCCGAGAUCAUUUGUUAGACUUGGAUCUCAGUGCUUGGAGAGAAUUUCCAUAG